AUGACCCGCAAGAGUGUCAAUCAGUAUUUGGUACUGAAAGUACGUCGGGAUUGCCUGGUCGAGGACAGUCUCAAAGGCGUGAGCGAGGUUGUGGGCGCUAGCGGCGAAGAAAUCAAGAAGGGUCUUCGGAUAGAAUUUAAAGGCGAGGAAGGUAUUGAUGCAGGGGGGUUACGAAAGGAAUGGUUUCUUUUGCUCGUCAGAGACGUGUUAAACCCCGAACAUGGAAUGUUUGUCUACGACGAAGAGUCUCACGUUUGCUACUUUAACCCUAGUAGCUUUGAAACUUCUGAUCAGUUUUUCCUCGUCGGUGUGGUCCUAGGCCUUGCUAUCUACAACUCGACCAUCUUAGACGUUGCACUUCCGCCUUUUGCUUUUAGGAAACUGUUGGCCGCUGGUCCUAGUUCUCUUCCAGGGUCUCCUUCUCAUGCAAAACCUACUAUGGUUUAUACUCUGGACGAUCUUGCGGAAUAUCGCCCUUCUCUUGCACAUGGGCUCCGCCAACUACUAGAAUUUGAUGGCGAUGUCGAGGAGACAUUUUGCCGUGAUUUUGUAGCGGAUGUCGAGAAAUAUGGGAAGAUCCACCAAGUACCGCUUUGCCCCGAUGGCGAAAAACGAGCCGUCAAUAACUCAAACCGCAGGGAAUUUGUAAAUCUCUAUGUGAAAUAUCUUCUGGAUACUUCUGUCGUUCGGCAAUUCGAGCCAUUCAAACGGGGGUUUUACACCGUGUGUAGUGGCAACGCGCUCUCCCUGUUUCGACCCGAAGAGAUUGAACUUCUUGUUCGAGGUUCAGAUGAACCGUUGGAUAUUUCCUCACUUGAAGCGGUGUCUGUUUGUGAAAAUUGGGGCGUCCCAAACCCGGCUGAAAUGGAACCGGUCAUUCAAUGGUUCUGGCAAUCGUUCAAGAAUGCAGACCCUAAAGACCAGAGAAAGCUUCUAUCUUUUAUAACAGGCAGCGAUCGAAUACCUGCUAUGGGUGCGGCCAAUCUGGUCAUUAAGCUUUCGUGCCUUGGUGACGAUAGCUUACGAUUCCCGAUAGCUCGAACAUGUUUCAACAUGCUGUUGCUGUGGCGAUACAGCUCUCGUACAAAGUUUGAGCGGUUGCUCUGGCGGGCCGUCAAUGAAAGUGAGGGGUUUGGCUUGAAAUGA